CUCACAACGUAAAGGACCAACGAGACGAAGCUCUUCAAUCAAACAGUGCAACACCGUGCAGUCAGUCGUUCAAUUCUGCCCGUUACGAUUCUUUGGCCAUCAGGGUACCUCGUGGCCCCACCCUGUGAGAUCGCCACUUAAAGCAGGACAGAGACGUUCAUUUUAAGACACCACAACUUUAGUACCACCAUUACCAGCUCCAAAUCUCUCAAAGUGCCGUGUGAGGGGUCCCUAAAGUCUUGCAACAAUGGGAAGAACUCAGCCUUCAGUCGGACAACCGCCGGCAGCAUUCCGCAAGGCUGCGCGCGCCAAGAAGGCCAAGGUCACCCUCAAUCAACUCAUUCCGUCACUGCUUCCCACGCAUCCAAGAGCUCGUCGAGGAGUCGACGGCGCCGAGCUCAUUAUCGAACCAAGACCCAUAACCAUACCUCAAGGAUCAGUGGCUUCAAGCAACCCGCCCAAUCAAACCUACUCCAACAACUCGCCGCCUCGCAUCCGGCUUCAAGUGGCUGAUACCCUCACAGCUGCUCACUCGCUGUUGGUCGGGGAUUCGGUCCCGGAGAGACCCGCGGACCUGAGCAACAAGGAAGCCAGAGUUGCCAUUCUCAAUAUGGCGUCACCACUUACACCGGGUGGUGGCUUCGUCAACGGGGCCAGCAGCCAGGAAGAAUCUCUAUGUAUGCGCACCACGUUGUUACCAUCCCUGAAAGACGAAUACUACCGUCUUCCGGAGCUCGGUGCUGUCUACACGCCAGACGUGUUGGUCUUCAGAGACGAUGACUCGGACGAAGUUCUGGAGAAGAAGGAUCGCUGGUUCGUCGAUUGCAUCAGUGCCGCGAUGCUACGGAACCCCGAAACCGAACGGGACGAGGCGUCGGGAUUCAGCUACUACGUCCAUGAAAAAGACCGCCAGACCAUUCUGGAGAAGAUGAAGGUUGUGUUGCGAGUCUGUCAGAUGAAGGGCGUCAAGAAGAUCGUUCUCGGCGCCUGGGGCUGCGGUGCGUACGGCAACCCGGUGGCCGAGGUCGCCAAAGCCUGGAGUAAGGCCCUCGUCCCGAGAACCGACACGAAAGGAAAGAAGAAAGGAACCAAAGAGACAUGGGAAGGAAUAGAAGAGGUGGUGUUCGCCAUCAAGGACUCUGGUAUGGCUGAUGCUUUCGAGGAAGCCUUCGGCAAGGGUAUCGAGCGAGACGAGCCGGACAAAAUGAGUGACGAAGAAGAGGAGGAAUUGGAUGUGGGCGAGAGAAACAAGGUGGAGCUUCAGGCCAGGAUUGGCGAGCUGAAGCAGCGUAUCGAUGCGACAUCCAAUCCGCAACUAAAGAAAGGACUUGACGCGAUCCUCGCAGGACUGAUAAGCCAGUUGGCUUUGGAUAGUACUGGAGAAGGCGGUGGCAGCGACGAAGACGACAGCGAGCAGAUCGACGAGGAGGAGGACGAUUACGAGGAUGACUAUGAAGAGGAUGAAGAGCACGAAGGGGGUUCUAGAAUUUAGAUACACAUGGACUUGUGGCCAGAAAGAUCCCUCAUAAGUCCGAUAUUGGCGUGUUUUCACUGAGAGCCAUCGUCAUAUCCAGGAGCCAAAUUCAGGUGUCUAGGAAUUGGCUACUUC